AUGGCAUCCCAGGGAAUCAAAGUCGUUUUCGGCGCCGCCUCAAUCGGCAAUACCGAGCCAUGGAUCGAAAAAGAAUACCUCGAAAAGGCAUUCGACAUUCUCCUCAAACACGGCGUGAACACCCUCGACUCCGCGCAGCUGUACGGAAAGUCUGAGGAACGUCUUGGUGAGGUCAACGCCGGCGAUAAAUUUGUCAUCGAUACAAAGUGGAUGGGAGGAUGGCAGCCUGGCUGGGCCACCAAGGAGAAUAUCGUCAACACGGCAAAGUCGAGCAUUGAGAAGCUUAAGGUUAAACAGGUCGACAUCUUCUACAUCCACUCUCCUGACGCCAAGGUCGAUCUGGAGGAAACCCUUGCUGGCGUCAACGAAGUUUACAAGACCGGCGUCUUCAAGCGCUUCGGUCUGUCGAACUACUCUCCCCAGGAUGUCCAGAAGGUCUACGACAUCGCCAAGCAGAAGGGCUACGUGCUCCCGACCGUCUAUCAAGGCAACUAUUCCCCGGUGGCCCGUCGCCAGGAGAAGGAACUCUUCCCCGUGCUCCGAAAACUCGGCAUUUCCUUCUACGCCUAUUCUCCUUUGGCGGGCGGCUUCCUCACCAAGACCGCUCAGCAAAUCAAAGAUGGUGUCAGCCGUUUCUCCCCCGAAGCCCUUGGCGGCAUGUAUCGUGACAUGUACAUGAAACCAUCAUACCUGGACGCACUCUCCGUAUGGGAAAGCAUCGCCAACGAGGAGGGCGUUACCCGUGCCGAGCUCGCCUAUCGCUGGGUCACCUAUCACUCCCCGUUGAAGAAGGAACAGGGCGACGCUAUCAUUGUCGGUGCCAGCUCGACUGAUCAGUUGGAGCAGUCACUUACAGGCAUUGAAAAGGGGCCGUUGAGCCCCAAGGCCGUGCAGGGGGUCGAUAAGGUGUGGGACCAGAUCAAGCAUGAGGCGCCGCUGGACAACUUCUCGCGAUAA